AGUGAAGACAUUCGUUGUUUUGUGGAAGACUGAAGAAGAAACUUGGUAUAAUUCAUUUAGUUUUAGACCACCUAAAUACUUUAUCACCCCCAAGAUUUAGUGGUUCUUUUCCAAGGUGACAGAAAAACCACUGGGUUUUAGGAUCAAAAGAGUCUGCCAAUACAGCCAAAAAGAUAAAGUCGCAGAAAAUAAAUCGAGCUCUCCCCGUAAAAUGACGCGCCGAGGCCCCAAGACCACGACGCACGUCCAUCGCGAUACGAAGACGACCGGCGCCAAGUCGGACCUGUUGCUUCACCGUCAUCGUCUGAUGCGACGCUCGUCAGGCUUCAUGCUGGCGCGCAAGUAUCGCAACCUGUGGCCGACCGAGAGCGACUUCACCCGAGAACUCAGCAGCCGCUUCACUCCCAGAGCAGUGCGCGCUGGAAGUGGAGAAUCCGCUGCGCCAGUGACCUCCACGGGCUCCACAAGCAGCAAUAACAGCGUGACGGGGCUGAACGGUCCCAAGGGCUACACUCGCGAGGAGCUCAUCAAUUUCUGGAGGGAAUUAUCACUUGUGGCCAAGCGGCGAUUGCUGCGAAUCCGCCGCGAGACGUACCUGACAGCGCUGGACCAGUUCCUUGUGGGCCAAAAUCUGUGCUGCGAGUGCCACGACAAUGUCAUUGCAGAGUGGGAAGACCACGAGCGGAAGCGCUCAGGGAGCCGCUCUCUGCAGGAUGUUUUCAGUGUUUUCCCUCCGUUUUUGGAUGAUGAGGAUGACGAUAGCGAUGAGGAAGAUAACGAAUGCGAUGAAGAGGAUUGCGACGAGGAGGCAGACGAGUUGGAGGACGAGUCAGACGAAGAUAUGGAGGAUUUGGUGCUAGAGGAGGAGGAACUGGUGUUUAAAUAUGAACUGGAGCGCGAAGGGCGACGGGGUGCCGGCGGCAAGGGCGGUAUGUUGUCGGACGAGUAUCUGGCAGCGCUAGAAGUGGGCAAACGGCAGGAAGACGAGCUGCUGCGACUUAUUCAGAAAGAGGAACGCUAUAUCAUUAUUCGAGAGGACCAUACGGACUUCAUUAUGGAUCUCAUCCGCUGUGGCGAGCAGUUCAGCUACGUGUCUCCAUUCCGGCCGGGCUUCGAUGACGAUGAAAGCGAAAACAGCGAAGACGACGACGAUGUCGAUGACACAUGUCCUGGAGCGAACACGUCACAUCUGGCACAGGAAUAUCUGCUGGAAGUACUCGCCAUCAAGUUUAGAGAACAGCUGGAAGACGCGUAUCAAGAGGCAUUGCAGCACUCGCUUGCUAUUCAGGCUGAACUGCUGCGUGACGAACUUGCCGACCUCAAGGCAAGUCAGAAACCCUCCACUAGCAGUCGAAAGAAGAAGAGCAAAAAGGAAAAGAAGCGCCGCAAAAAAGAGGCCGCAGCACAGAAAGCGACAGAGAAGGUGAGCUCUCGAGAUACAAAUACUCAGUCGCAGACGCCAGCAUCUCCGAAGUGUAAGUCUGCAGCAUCAGAGAAGCAGCAGCCUGCCUUAGCAUUGACGGACGGGAGUGGCGACUCGGAGACGGAGGUGCGCGACCCGGAGGAAGACGAGAUCGACCGAGAAGUGGAGCAAUUCCGUCUGUUGCUGGAGAAAAUCAACGCCGAGAGCGCGUUGCGUUCCCGUAAGAAGCUGGUGCUGCCUCCAGGGUCCUUCGCCCACUUGACGUCCAUGACCGUCUCGUAAGAACCGAUCGAAUUUGCCAGGACGUAUCCAAAUCGCAAAAAUCUGGAAAAUAGUCUGCUAUGAUAAUCCACUCCAUCCGGUGUUCUAAAAAAAAGCAUUUGUUGCACUUGAAGUGGUUUCUAAAAUGGC